GAAUGGAGAAGGUGGUUGCUUAUCCAUACAAAAGGCCAUAUGCUCUCUGGAGGCUGAUCUGCUUUCCAUGGGCUGGAGAUGGAGCUUCUCAUCUUGCUCAAUGGGGCAGACUCUUCAGCAGUUCAACUGCAGUAUCCUCCAUAAGGUUUCCUGGAAGAGAAUCUCGUCGUAGGGAGACUUUUGCAAAAGGCAUGACAGACAUAGUUAAUGAAAUUGCAAAUGUUUUGUUAAAAGAACUGCAAGAAAAAACAUUAGCAUUUUUUGGUCACAGUUUCGGAUCUUAUGUUAGUUUUGCAGUUCCACUACACUUGAAAGAAAAGUAUGGACUAGAACUGAUCCAUCUUUUUGUAUCAGGGGCACAUGCCCCAAACUCUGAAGCAUUUAUUUCCAUCAAAAGCAUACCCACACAUUAUGCAAAAGAUAAAGAUGUUCUUACAUAUCUAGAAAUUCUAGGAGGAACUCCUUCUGAGCUUCUGCAAAAUGAAGACAUUAAGAACCAUCUGAUAAGUACUGUCAGAGAAGACAUUAGAGUACUUCAGACAUGGUUUUUUGAGAUGGCAGAAGGGAAUAUCCCCUUCUCUUGUGGUAUUACCUGCUUUAAUGGGUCUGAAGAUCAAGCAUAUCUUUUAGAAGCCUGGCAUGAUCUCACAAGUGGAGAUACUUCCUUCUACAACCUUCCCGGAGGUCACUUUUAUCUGCUGGAACCCUCUAAUGAAAUUUUCUUGAUAAAACACAUAAGAUGUUUAGAAAAUGCUGGCCUAUGAGUAUGUCCCUCUAUUUUAAUGGCAGACAGUGUAAGAUUAGUCCACAGCAGUUAAAAAUAAGUCAUUCUUUCUGUACAAUUGCAUGCAGUUAUGCC